AUGGAUAUUCCAGGUUUCGGAAGAGACCGUUCAGCUUCAUCCCCAGGUGGACAUGGCCUAUCACAGCCGACAGUGACCCAGAAUGAGCUAUGGCGCGUACUACUUCGGAUUCGCAAUGAGGCCGCUAUUGAAGAAGACCAAAGAAGCAAUGCAUCUUCUCAUAUCUUGUCAAUUUCAUCACCUUACAAUUUUGCAGCUCCUACCGAAGAAGACACCGAGCAUUUUGAGGAAGAUGAAGGCGAAGACGACCAGGGUCAUGAUAUCGAGGGCCUUGAGGGGGACGAGAUAGAUCAAGAAGAAUUGGACGAAGAUGAUGAAGGCCACGACGAAGAUGCCGCAUUUGACGCGUCCCUAGUCGGUUUAAAGGAAAUCAGCAACCUAGCUAGUUUUACGGUCAGCAGCUAUAAACCCGGCUGUGGCGUCAAGGAACUUCGGGAUGACGAUGUCAACCAAUUUUGGCAGUCCGAUGGGCUACAACCUCAUCGAUUAAAUAUUCAUUUCAUCAAGCGCGUAGAGAUACGCAAGUUUAGACUCUACCUAGAUUAUGAGCUCGAUGAGAGUUAUACGCCUACUAAGCUCCAAAUUACGGCCGGCUUUAGCCCCAACAUGAACAUUCCGUACACCAUAAUGGAAUUUAAUCAGCCUAAAGGCUGGGUUGACGUACCCAUCAAUGGAGCUGGUGGCGGACAUGAUGGCAACUCACUAUGCUGCUGGUUUAUUCGAGUGACCGUCCUCGAAAAUCACCAGAACGGAAAGGAUACGCACAUGCGCGGAGUGGAAGUCUAUGCCUUGGACGAUAGCGCAGAUACUGCGGAGAACAAUCCUGUGGAGGAUAUGGUCGAAGCAAUCGACGACUACCGCGAUAGAAUGGCGGCAAUGAACAUCCACGACCACGACGAAGAGGCGAUAUCAAAGCUCGCUGCAGAUAAGCGAGAUCGAAAAGCCAAGUCCAAGAAGUAUACUCCCGGAGAUGGCGGAUUGAGUAUCCCCGACUUCAUGAGAGAACCGGAAAUUCGUUAA